CCCCGACACCUCGGGUUCCCCUCGUCCCCUCCCACUUGCCCUCGCGCUCCCCCUCAUCCUCUCUCUCCCUCUUGCUACACUCCCCUCCUCCAGAUCCAGCCGCACCCGACGCCAUCGUCGCCAUGGUUGCCCUCGCCGACGUGGCUACACUCCUCCCCGGCGCCUGAGGACAUGUCCCUCUGCCUCGCCAUGGUCUACUUCGUAGCCUGGACCCACGAGAUCAAGCCGGAGAGCCCCACAUCGCAGGGAUCGAGCUCUCCUUCCUCCUUCGGAAGUCGCCGUUCGUCCCCGAUUUCGGCGACGUCGAUCCUCCCCGAGCCCACCUUUGCACCACUACGGGAUCCCGACCCCGAGACCGCUACUGAUGUCCCUGUGAUCGACUGCAUCGGCGACGACCCUUCUUCCCUUUCAGCGGAGCUUCCAGAUGGUGGAUCCCAGGAGUCAGAUGCCACCCUGUCGCCUACUACUUCAUGGAGGCCGUCGACGACCAGGAGUAGUUAGGAGGUCCCAGGCAGGAGGCCUUGCCUUUUCGAUCGUUGAUGUUUGUGCUAGCCUUCUUAAGGCAUCCUUGUUUAACUUAUGUCGGUACUCAGAUAUUGUUGCUUCC